UUCACUUGUACAUUGACAAAGUUGGGAACAAGAUGGCGGACCUACCUCCUCCAGUUCAAGGACCAACCGCAAAGGAGAAGAAGUACGACCGACAGCUGCGUUUGUGGGGAGCUACCGGUCAGCUUGCGCUCGAGAACUCGCACAUCCUCCUCAUCAACAAUGGGCCCGGCGUUGUUGGCAUUGAGACCCUUAAGAAUUUGGUUCUGCCUGGGAUCGGCCAAUUCACUAUCCAGGACUCCGUUGUCGUCACCGAAGCGGAUUUGGGCGUGAACUUCUUCUUGGAAGAUCAGCAUCUUGGUGGCUUUCGCGCUGAACACACCAGCAACUUGCUCAAGGAGCUGAACCCUGAUGUGAAAGGCCACUUCAUCACAGAGCCCAUCGAAUCAUGGCUGGUCAGGCCGGAUGCUCUACGGCCGUACACACUCAUCAUCGCGACUGCUCCAGUGCGUCCUGAGCUGCUCGCAAAGCUCUCCGAUCAUGCAAGCGCUGCGCUGCUCCCGCUCUUCUACGUUCACUCGGUCGGCUUCUACUCGCACUUCUCGGUGCACCUCCCGUCCGCCUUCCCCAUCGUCGACACACAUCCUGGUUCCGAGACCACCGCAGAUCUGCGGUUAUUGAAGCCAUGGCCGGAGCUGCUGCAGUUUGCAGAAGAGAAGACAGCAAACCUCAAGAGCAUGAGCCCUGACGAUCAUGGGCAUGUGCCAUACCUGGUGUUGCUGCUGCAUUAUCUGGAGGAGUGGAAGAAGACACACAACGGGGAGGUGCCGCAAAGCUACAAGGAGAAGACAGAGUUCAGAACGACAGUGUCACAAGGUGCAAGGACAAACAACCCAGAGGGUGGAGAGGAAAACUUCGAUGAAGCUGUGGCCGCCGUCCUCAAGUCACUGAACCCCCCGCAAGCCAGUAGUUCGGUCAAGGAGAUCUUUACUGCACCAGAAUGUCUCCUCAUCCGCGAAGACUCACCCACCUUCUGGGUUAUCGCGAACGCCAUCGGCUUGUUCUACACAAAGUACGGUGUACUUCCAGUUCCUGGCUCCGUACCGGACAUGAAGGCUCGCUCCAAGGACUACAUCCAGCUUCAGAACGUCUACAAGUCGAAAGCACGGAAGGAUCUUGCUGAAGUACUAGAGAGCGUGCGGUUCUUAGAGAGGAAUGCCAACCGGAGCACACCCAUCGAAGAGAAGGAUGUCGAGGCAUUCUGUAAGAACGCUGCACACAUCAAGCUGGUGCGUGGGCGGCCGUUCCAUGUGGUGCAGGCUGGCCAAAAGGUCAAGUGGGGCGACAGGGCGAGGUCUCUCGCACAAGAGCUUACCUUCCCUGACUCUCUCAUUCCGCUGUACAUCGUCUUCCUGGCAUGGGACGAGUUUACCGCAACACACGACAAGGAUGCCCUGGGUGGCACUGCACAAGCACCCGGCGAGACAGAUGCCGAUACAGACGCCGAGAAGCUCACCGGCAUUGCUCAAACGAUCAUGGACGGCUUGAUCAAGGAAGCUGGAACCCACGUGGAAGACCCAGAAUACUCGACGAUCAAGACGCAGAUUGGAGAGUUUGCCCAAGAGUUCGCUCGAGCAGGCGCUGCUGAGCUACACAACAUCGCUGCGCUUACUGGUGGCAUUGUGUCGCAGGAGAUCAUCAAGGCGAUCACAGAGCAGUACGUUCCGGUCGACAACACGUGCGUCUUCGACGGCGUCAAGAGCAAGAGCGCCGUUUUCAAGGUAUGAGAGCUUCGUCUCUGGCCAGAGACCCACAGCGUGUAUUCGAUAUCUGCGAUGCAUCGAUUUGAAUGAGCAUCUACAAUUGUAGACUGCAGAUCGCUGGGAGAUGAUCAACAAUGCGCUCGGGGUGAGCUUUGAAGUUGGUGAGGCUACGGAUGGGAUCGGGCCAGUGUAUAAACGGAAUCAAGAGCGUAACAUAGAUUCUCAACGAG